AUGUCUAUACACUCAACGUUUGUAGCUUAUGGGAUGAAGUUCAUAAUGCUUUUCGUGGCACUUUUCGCCUUCAUAUGUUCUGCAAUGGCAUUGACAUGUACAGCUGGCUUGAAAGACAUCAAUGGCGUUUGUGGCGUUCAACGACCAGUUCAUGGUGAAUGUCCAAAUAACACCAAAUUUGACAUCAAUAAGAAUCUUUGUGUUGCCAAGUAGAAAGAUGGAGAAGUUCAUUUCAUGAAAUAAACUUUAAAUGUUUAAUUUGAAAUAAAAGAAUAAAGAUUAAACCUUUCUGUAGCUUUAUCCAUUUUAUGUACUUAUGCUUAUGUAUGUUACUUUCAAAUAUUUUAUGUAAAAAUUAG